AAGCUUUUAGCAUAAUAAAUCGCGGUAGGCCCGCAUGUUAAUGACAUAUUCAUGUAAACAAGCCUUUUAAUGUUAAUGAUUAACGGCGUCACCUUCCUCCAUGGUGUAAAUACAACGUCGUCGGCUUCGCAACCACAUUGUCGUGUAAAUUUCCAGUGAAAAUGGCGGAAGAGAUGGAAAUGCCAGGCACGGUAUCUGACGGUAAAAAAUCCUUUCCAAAUCCGGACAGUCGGCCAGCCGAGACAGUACAAAGGGAAAGCCUUCUCCCUAAUGCUCCCGCCCCUGUCUACGGCAGCCUCCCAGAUGGAAACCACGCCCCCAGAGGGGAACCCCAGCUGACAAGGAGCCAGUCAGUUUGCGGAUGCACUGUGUCUUUCCACAAUAUCAGCUACACGGUCAAAACCAAGGAAGAUGGCAAGAAAAUCAACAAGGUCAUACUCAACGAUGUUAGUGGCGUGUUUGGACCAGGGAUGAAUGCCAUUCUCGGGCCGACAGGCAGCGGAAAAACAUCUCUUCUGGAUGUCUUGGCGGCAAGAAAAGACCCCAAGGGAUUGUCCGGAACAGUGCUGAUCGACGGCAGAGCCCAACCCAAAAACUUUAAACUUGUCUCAGGGUAUGUUGUUCAGGAUGAUGUUGUCAUGGGAACUCUGACUGUCCGGGAAAAUUUGGAGUUUUCGGCAAACCUGCGGCUGACCAAAGCGGUGUCCAAGGAAGAACGCAAGCAGCGAGUGCAAGACGUCAUCAACGAACUCGGCUUGAAUCUCUGCUCGGAGACAAAGGUGGGGACGGAGUUUAUCCGUGGUGUUUCCGGCGGCGAGAGGAAACGGACCAACGUAGGCAUGGAGCUGAUCACCAAACCCACCGUGCUGUUCCUUGACGAACCGACGACCGGCCUGGACGCCAGCACGGCAAACGCAGUCAUGCUGCUUCUGUCCAAGUUGACCAAGCGAGGGCGCACCAUCAUUUUCUCCAUCCAUCAGCCCCGUUACUCCAUCUACAAGCUGUUUGAUAGAAUGCAUCUCUUGGCGCUGGGGAACACGGUGUACCAUGGCAUGGCCAAUCAAGCAUUGGAAUACUUUUCUGAAAAUGGCUAUGUCUGUGAGGAGCAUAACAAUCCUCCGGACUUCUUCUUAGACAUCAUCAACGGAGACUCCAGUGCCGUUACCAUGGCACUGGAGAACGGCAAGGCAGCAGACACUGUUGAAGAUAACAACGAAACAGUGGUCAACAUCAACUCCAAACCGGACUCGUUAAGCGACAAGCUCUCGCGACUCUUCAAGAUGUCGGAACUCAACAACAGCCUAACGGAGGAGGCCAACCAAAUCUACAAGGAGUACUCCAGCACAGAAGAAGUUGAAACUGUCGUCAUUGAGUAUCCGACCUCCUUCGCGACACAGCUGUACUACGUAUCGAAACGAACCGUCUUGAACAUUCUCAGAAACCCUAUGCAAACCUACAUUCAGUUCGGUUUCAUGGUCAUCUUUGGCCUGGUGGUUGGCGGUCUGUACUUCCAGCUAGAUCUCUCAACCGCCGGUAUACAGAACAGGGUUGGUGCGUUCUUCUUUCUCAUCAUGAACAUGGUCUUCAGCAACCUCAGCGCGGUGGAGCUCUUCAUCAAGGAGAGGGUCAUCUUUGUUCACGAGUCUGCUAGUGGGUUCUACAGGUGUUCCGCGUACUUCUUCGCCAAAGUUUUCUGCGACCUCCUUCCGAUGAGAAUCAUUCCCACGCUUAUAUUCUGCGCCAUCACAUACUGGAUGAUAGGUCUUAAGGCGGAGGUCGACGCUUUCUUCUUUUUCGCCUUGACUAUGAUCUUGACCACAGUCACAGCCUGCGCCUUGUCCUUCGCCAUUAGCUCCAGUGUCUCGAUCAUGGCCAUCGCGACGCUCUUCGUUGCCGUCUGUUACAUUUUCAUGAUGAUCUUCAGCGGUUUGCUGUUGAAUAUUGAAACUUUACCAGAAUGGCUGCAGUGGCUGCAGUAUGUGAGCAUCUUCCGUUACAGCCUCAACGCCCUUUCAGUGAAUGAACUCCGUGGACUAGAAUUCUGCACUUUUGUGAACGGUACAAAGAUUAACUGUUUUCCUGGUGAGGACUACCUAGAUCAGCAAGGCAUAGAUGACACAGACUGGGGCCUCUGGCAGAACAACGUUGCCUUGGGAUCAAUGAGUGUCAUCUUCCUGGUCUUGGGUUACAUCCAGCUAAGACGCAUCCACAAGCUCAAGUAAGAAGAGGAUUGGUGGCGUACCCCCCUCUUUGACCGAAAGAAAAA